AUGAGCGGUGAUCAUGGAGCCACUCCAAAUGCAGAGGAUUCAACUCCUGUUCGUCAGAAAAUCCCCAAAUUGACCACUGAUCAAAAUUUGGUUAUAAUUAGUGGGUGGAUUAAAUAUGGAAUAGACAGUGUUGUUGGGAGAAACCAAAAAAGUGAUUCAUAUUGGGGUAAAAUUGCUUAUUAUUGUAAUGAGCAUUGCUCAUUUGAUCCUCCCCGUGAUGGAGCUGCAUGUAGAAAUUAUUACAACUACAUGAACAAAAUACUUAAUAAAUGGACAAGCGCUUAUGAUAACGCUAAGUGUAGUGGAUCUAAGAGAGCCCAUGAGAGUGAUCCAAGUGAUUCCAACUCUAUGGAAUCUAGUGCUCGCCCAAUGGGGAGGGAUGUAGCAAAAAAAGGGGCUAAGAAGAUGAAUAUGUUUAUGAAGCUAAGUUCAAAGGAGCAUCUUGAUGACCGGAGCAAAGAGUUAUUGGAAAAGUUGGGUCGCAAUCUGUUUGGAAAUUAA